CCCCGCCCCGCUCCGCUCCGCUCCUUGGCCGGCGGGGCGGGGCGGGAGCCCACAGCCGCGGAGGGACUAGCCGGGCCCGGCCGAUAUGUCGGCGCCACCGGCCGUACAGAUCCGCGAGGCCAAUGCGCACCUGGCGGCGCUGCACGGGCGCGUGGCGGAGCUGGAGCGGCGGCUGGGCGCGGCCGAGCGCACGGUGCGCGGGCAGGCGGAGAGUCUCAUCCGCAAGGACGGCGAGCUGCGCGCGGCGCUGCGGGAGCUGGGGGCUGCCAAGGACAGAGAAAUUACUGCUCUGCAGCAGAAGCUGCUCUCAUCUGAGGAGACAAUUCAGAAGCUGUUGAAUGUUAUCCAGAAAAAAGAUGACUUAAUUGUACAGCUGAAGCACAGGAGUCAUCUUCUGACUAAAAUCUGCAGAAACCGACCCAUCCUGGACAAUCUUCUGUCUUACAUGGCAGAAGGGGAACAGUUAAGUACCCUUCCAGGGACCCAAAGUGAUCCCAGUUCUCCGGUUCAUGACGAGUUCCAGGAGUCAAACUGCAUCACCAACCAGAUAUCAAAGCACAAAGACUUCUCUCUCAGUGAAGAUGACCUGGAAGAUCAGGAAUUGGAUACGAGCCAGUUUGGGACGACAGUGUGAACUGAGUGUGGAACAUGACCUUUGUUACAAAUACUCCAGUUCCGAUUUUCAAACUUCCUUCUGUUUUUUAAUCUUGUCCUGAAAGAACCAGGUUCAGAUGGGAGUCUGUCCCCGACCCCCUCAGUUCUUGCAAGUAGCCUUUUCUAUACCUCCUUCAUUGAGGACUCAGGAAAGUAGGCUCUAUGCAAUACUACCUACUUGAGCGGAUACUAAACCUUGAUGAAAUGGGCACUUAUGGGUUUUCCACUGUUCCUUUAUCAUGGGGAUCUUUUAAUUCCUCCUGUCCUUCAGUAUUUACUUUCCUCUGUGACCCCAAACACUUCAUGUUAAGGAUACUUAAGUCAAAUGCUAUAUGCAUAGUAGAUCUUCCAGCACUGGGGGCCAAAUGUAUCACCAUCGACUUUCAGCUUCUGUUGGCCUAAGUGCUGCUCCUCAUCCAGGUCUGCUGUAUAUCAGAGCCAUAGACAGUGAUUGAUUAGAGCAGGAUGUUUAUAUACCAAAUUCUAGGACAUGAUGUCUGAGUCUAUAAACCUAUAAAAUAUUGUGCAGUCUUGGGAACGAAAAAUCUAAGUGCUCAAAGUUCUACAUGUUUCAGUCAAAGGACAUAUUAAAUUAGUGAAAAGCUAUCUUUUCUGGGAAGUUUGGCUGCAUUGAUUUUAGUUAUAUGCUGAAUUCCUAACCUGAUGAUUUGUUUUUGAGAUUAGAUUUGUUAGUUAAGGUUAAUCAAAUCUCUUUUCUUUUGCUCUAUGGAGUUAGCACAGAAAGAAGGAAACUAGUGUAUGGGUUUGAGGCAGAUUCACAAUGUAAAUGGAGGGAAUCCAUUUUCUGAAAUUCACCUUUUUUCCAGAUUGUGUCUUGUCUGUUUUAAAAUUAGAGUGGAGGAAUUAAGGGGAAAAUAUCAUAUUCAUUAGUAAGAGGUAUAGUCACUACAGUUGGUGGUGGGAUUUUAAGGAAUAUUAUACAUAAAGUUAAGUUUCUGGGUAGAAGGGUUGGUUUCUGACUUGAUCACUCUGACUUGCAUUUAAAACUUGGUAGAAAAUUUAAUCUAUUUUUAAGCUUUUUAAAAUUCUGCCUCUACUGUCCUCUUACAGCUUUAAGAUUGGCACCAGUCACUGCAUGGGAACUUUACAGCUGGCCACUUUGUGCAGCAGCAACCUUUCUGCCUUUGUCUAGAACAUGUAGAUUUUCUCUGUGGUCUAACCAGAUUUCUUUUCCAAAUUCAGUCAGAGAGUUUAAACAAGAUGACAGCAGCUCUAUAUGCAAUUCCCUGUAGCUGGCUAUGUACUUUUUUAUAUCUAUCAUAAAGACCUGCUUUUAUAUGGGAUGUUCCUUGUUCAGAAUUCUUCAGUGGGAAACAAAAUGUGAGAACGGGUAUUCGACUUCAAAUAAGAGUAAAGGAAAAUCUCUUAAAAUUCCUUUUUGAGAAACUCUUAUAAACAUAUGCAACAUAUUUAUAUCACCAGACUGAAUUUCCUGUAUUUUUAUAAAUCUAAAACCCUUGACUACUUUUGGUCACUAAAGAUUCCUUUGCAUUUUUUGCAAAACAGGGUUUUGGCAAUUAUGUCCUUGCCAAAUACUAACUCAGGUAAAUACAUUCUGCCUCCAUAUAGUCUCUGCCAUUUACAGUCAAUAAAUAAUUCUUAACUUCUCCUUCAUCAGAUGUGUGGGAACAGUGCUGGUGGUGCAGGAUGGACAGUUACAUACAGUGAGAAUGGUAUUUUUGUAGUGGGUGGAGUGACCUCUGUUUGAAGAGUUUAUAAAAGCACUUGGUGAUUUGGGAUUAUAGGUGCUAUGUAAACAUAAGGGAUUAUUAUCUCUUUACAAGUCUAAAGUAAAUGUGCAAUUUCUUGUGAACAUGUACAUUAUGCUGGUCUGGCCCAGCCUAUGUGGUGUCCCUUCAAUGCAAACAAUCAACCUUCAGUGCAAUAAAAAUGUCCCAGUGUAUUUUUCAUCUGAAAUUGUGUGUGUAAAAUAAUUUUGCAUCUGCCUAUAUAGAGUUAGGAAUUCCUUUGCAGUUUGUCAGAUUCAGGUGCAGAUAUUUUGCACUUAACAACAAAAAAGAACGUCUUGCUCUCUUGCAAGGUGUCUCCCUUCCCCAGUGGAGAAGAAGGGGUCAGAAAGGACCCAACUGUGUGCAAUGGCAAGAAAGACAACUGACUCAAAUAUGUGUCCAAAGCAAUAAUACUUCUCAUUGUUUAAGCUGCAAGUGCUCCUGUCAUGACCUUGGUGUAAAGGAUAAACGAUAUGGUGGGACAGUCAGCCUUUUGAAGUUUCAACCACUAUCUCAUUACACUCCUUGCCUCUUCUAGUUGUCAGAGUUUGGGAUGCAUAACUCCCUCCACAGCAAAAUGAGACUAUAACCCUAAUUAGCAUAUGUGUUUGUUUGUUACUAUUGUACAAUUAGGGUGCAAGAAAAAAUGUAGGACCAAGGGAGCUCAAAUUAAUCUUCUUAAAACUGUAACAUUCAGGCAACUGGGCAGAAGUAAUGUUCUGUGACUUAGGAAUCAGUAGGUUUCAGGAAACUGGCUGUAAGUGCUUUUGUUUUGCUAUUGCUGUGUUCUUCCUGGUAAAUUGGACAAAAUGGAUUUGAAGCCCUGGAAUGGAUUACCUAGGGAGGUGGUGGAAUCUCUGUCCUUAGAGGUUUUUAAGGUCAGGCUUGACAAAGCCCUGGCUGGGAUGAUCUAGUUGGGGAUUGGUCCUGCUUUGAGCAGGGGGUUGGACUAGAUGACCUCCUGAGGUCCCUUCCAACCCUGAUAUUCUAUGAUUCUAUUUGUAGCGUGUGAAACCCUAAUGGGAAAGAUAAAACUACGUUUAGUUGUGUGCUGUCUCUGCCUUUAUUGGCACUGAUCUCAUACACUGGUAAAGUUCUUAAGGCUCUGCUUUGUGGCUAGUUUAUUAAAGCUCUCACUAUACCAUUUGGCCCUAAUGAGGCAUAGUCAUUUUCAAAACAACCUGAGUACACUGGUGGAUUUUAGAGCACUUUGAAAAAUCUGCUCUCAAACAGAAAGCUCUGCUCAACUGUAUUGAAUGUGAUGGCUACAGAACAACAAAGCUGAAGUUGCAAAAAUAUUUAAACUAUGCUGAACUCAUUCCAUGGCCUUGAACCAAAAUGUUGUUAAAAGCACUAUAUCCAUUCAGUUCUCUACAGUGAAAUUGAUUCUGCAGGCAACUCCAUGCCUGCAGAUCUCUAAAGAAGGAAGAAUCCAAAUCCUAAAUAGAUUAAAUCCUUUGAGAAAGAGGAUGGUAUUGUACAUUCCUUCAGCUCCUGUGCAAUUCAGAGUUUUUAAAAACUUUUGCCUUCCUUAACUUUCCAGGCCUCUUUCUAAGUUUAAGGAUGUAAACUUGUGUCAACAUUUCAUCCAUUUAUCAUCUGUUUGUUACUGUGGGUGAAGGGCUAAGCAGUUAGUUACUAUUUUAAAUAAAAACUCAGUUUUUUUUUCUCACUGAUUAUCAUGGCAGUAUCAUCCAGCUGCCUGCAUUUAUUAUUUUUGUUGCAUUUGCAUCUGUCCUCGCUUAAGUUUUUCUUGCAGGAUACAAAAUAAAGAUAUUUUGGCAUAUUUGA